AUGGAUUCUAUAUCAGCCCUUAUCUCGAAAUCGGAAGAGCUGCGAAUCUCUGCACGUCGAUCCGAUGAAGAAUAUGAUCGCUGUAUACGCGAUCAUGUUGCUUCCGUCCGCCAGUCACUUUCCAGCAAAACCUUAGACCUUAUUGCCACUGACCACACCCUUUUGGAUCACUUUGACCCCGCCACCGAUUCCAUUACAUAUCUACUUCUUCUUCUUCUGCGGAUUCAAACACUCCAGCAGAAAACACAGGAAACGUUACCAGGCGACCUGCUUCCCUCCGGGGAUCUAUGGCCAAAAUGCACACGUUAUCUCAAGACCUUCGAUCCCAUCCAGCUGCUCAAACUGCUAUCAAGGCAAGACUUCCCCACCCCCUAUUUGAAAGUCGAUUCCCUUUCCUGUGCUGACAGUCCUCAGCCGCUUCUUGCCGUGCCGUUGAUUAGAGAUGCGAUGUUGAAACUGGACCCAUCAGGCGCAGUUUUCACGUCGAUGCACCUUCUCUUUGUACGUCUUUGCCUGCGCGCCAGGGCCUAUUCCUAUUCGCUGCCCAUUCUGGAGAAACAUAUCUGCCAUUUUCCAGGUCCAGCAGAACGAGUUUCCUCCAAAUCCUCACCAGUGCUAUGUGCGGAACAUGAGUCGAGUCUAGCAUUCAUCAACGCCAGUUCUGGACUAUCGUCUCCCCUCAGUUGCAGUGACUAUCUCCAAUAUUUUCUAUUUGGCGGGAUGAUCUACUUGGCCUUGAAAGAAUGGGCUAAGGCAUCCCACUUCCUUGAGGUUGUCAUAUCGAUGCCAACCAACGGCCCUAUUAGCAUGGUCAUGGUGGUGGCCUACAAAAAGUGGUUGUUGGUGGGCUUACUGGAAGCAGGGAAGCUUCGCUCUCCUCCUAGCGUGGUAGCUCCGCAUGUGGUUCGGAUAUAUCAGUCUCUUGCCAGACCCUAUGUGAACUUCGCACAGGCUUUUGAGCAUGGUGAUCUCGGGAGAUUAGAUGCUGAGGUUGGGGCGGCCGAGGAUAUAUGGCGCAAGGAUAACAAUAUGGGUCUGGUCUCCCAGGUCAUGAACUCAUUCUCGAGGCAUGCACUUGUGGGUGUUGGGGAGACUUUCGCUGCUUUGACUAUCGCCGAUCUGAUAGGGCAAAGUUCAUCGCUACCUUGUGACAAGGUGGCCGCUGAAUCAGUCAUUGCAUCUCUUAUUAUUUCUGGUGCAUUGGAUGCCACACUAGUCCAGACACCGGGUCAUUCCGAUGCAGCAAUGCUGCGCUUCUCGGGUAUGCCUCGCUUAUGCCCUUCAUCGCAUGAGCUUCGACUGCAGACAAUGUUUACAAAGGAGAGAGGAUCACUAGAAGGUCUGAUGAUGGCCGCUAGGGAAAAUAUCCACAAGCUGGGUGUGAGCCCUGAAUUUGUUGAUCAUGUGCAUAAGGGCCAAGUGUGGGCAGGUGCAGGUGAAGCUCACCUGGGAAUCGGAGACGAUGCAGGUCUUGAAAUUGAUGAGGACAUUAUGGGGGAUAUGCCUUAA